AUGUAUUCAUCAUUUGAAUCUCUUUCUGCAGAAUUAUUAUAUGAAUUGUUUGAUUAUUUAUCUCCAUAUGAUUUAUUUGGAAUUUUCAUCAAUCUGAAUAGUCGUUUAAAUGUAAUCGUUCAUUCAUAUCCACUUCGUUUGGAUUUUCGAAAAAUCAGUCGAUCAAAAUUUGAUUUUAUUUGUCGUCAUAUUCAGCCAAAACAAGUUAUUUCAUUAAUUCUUUGUGAUGAAUAUGUUCCUGAACGAGUAAAACUUUUUCUCGAUCAUUUUCCACAUUUUAAACAAGAAUUUCUUUAUCUUAAAUCUGUAACAUUAAUCGAAGUUGGAAGUAAUACUUUCAUCGAUUUACCUUUAUCUGUUUCAUUAUUAUCAAUUAGAAGUUUUGAUACUGAUAAUAAUUCAAAAACUUACAUUAAUGAAAUAUUAUCUCAACAAACAAAAGUUUUAACUCAUUUAAAAAUUGAUAAUAAAGAUUUACAAUAUCUUAUUGAUAUACGCUUUCCAGCUCUUACUCAUUUGAUUAUUCUUGGAGGAUAUUAUUAUGCCCGUGAAUAUAUUGAUGUGUCUUCACCAUUGGAAAAUAUUGAUAUUCAUUCAUUAAUUCAACAAUGGCAAUGUUUUCUCACUCAUCUUCAUCUUGUUAUCGACAAUGAAAUUCGAUAUUCGACAUUUAAUCUUGAUCGAUUCUCUCAUUGUCUUACUCAUCUUAUGUUACACUUUCAUCAAGAUAUUCAAGUAUCAUUUGUAUGUCUUGAACGAUGUUUAAUUAAAUUGUCUCAACUGACAAAUUUUACUUGUCAAGCAAAUGGUUCAUGGGAUUUAAUUGAUGGUAAACAAUGGGAAAAAUUUAUUUUAAAAACACAAAUUGUUCAAUUUAAUUUCAAAUUCGAGUGCAAUCUUAUUGAAGAAAUUUCAUCUAUACUCGAAUCAUUUCGUUCAUCAUUUUGGCUUAAAGAACGACAUUGGUAUGUUGGAUGUUAUCAAGAUGAAUCAAAGACAAGUACAAUUAUCUAUUCAAUACCACGAUUUCGAAUACGUACACUUAAGUAUCCUUCAACUUUAUUUCCACAUAUGACAACAGCACCAUCAAAUAUUGAACAAAAGUUUUUUUAUUCAAGUAGAAUCUAUUGUUUCUCUUGUGAUAUGAAUAAAUUAUUUGCACCAGUCAAUUAUCGUUUCAAUCAAGUUAUAUCAUUGACACUAUCAGGUUCAUCAUUAUUACCAUUGCAUAUUCUCUCAUCAAUUAUCGAUCUUCAACAAAUUCGACAUCUUGAUGUAGCUGAUAUUCAUCUCUUAUUACCGGCUGAACUUGAAAAUCUUAUUACUCAUACACCUCGUGUCACAAGUUUAUUAAUGAAAUUCGAUCCGUUAUUUAUUAUACCUUCACAAAUUCAUUAUCUCCUAUUGGAAGGUCCUGGUCAAUCGAUUUCUCUUGAUAGACUUUAUUAUACAAUAUCAUCUGUUAAAAGAUUAGAGAUAUCUAUGGCAUCAAAACAAAUGAUUAUUGAUGUUAUUGAUCGAUUCCUUGGUUUGGAGAAUCUUGAUAUAUUCUUUGAUGAUGGCGAUCUUGAUGAUGAUUCUAUGACUAUUUAUAAAGGUAUCUCAAAUGAUUGGUUAAUUCAAUAUACGCAUCGUCUCAAGUCACAUGAGUUUACCUGUCGACAUUCGAGUGAAGUCUAUCCAUCGAUGUACUUAUCGUUUGGUGAUCGACGAAAAGAAAAUGGCGAUCAAUAUUAA